CAGCCGAAGAAAUACGCGUAAAACAAGCAAAACAAACGCAAAUGCUAUCAACUGAAAAAGCGAAGGGAUCGUGGUUGUUAUUAACGUCGAGAUAUUUAGAAAAUAAAGUUGCGGUCAGCUUCAGUUUAUUUUUGUGUAGCGGAGGAGGUGGACGAGACUAGCUCUAAGUGGGCUAUGUGGUGACGUCUUUCUUUCCUGAGGUUAGUAUUUUAAAUGACCGGUGGCUACUACUACUACGAAACAAAAAUACAGUGCAAAAAAAAGGUUCCUCCGACAGAGGGAAAUCGACACAGAGGAGAUGGACGAGAUUGCCCAGCAAAUGGACAGGAAUCACAAGCAAGCCUGCAUCAAUCUGGAGAAAGCCACUCAAUUCAUAACACAAGUAUUACAGCAUGAAGUAGUUAGGAAUCAGGAGCUCUGCGUGCUGAUCUGUCGUCUGGAGGAGAGGGAGGCGGAGGCUAGUCGGAGCUUGACAGAGCAAGUGGAUUCAAACCGGCAGCUCAGACUUCAGACCGAUGAGCUGCAGAAACGCCUGGAGACGAAAGACAACUCACUCACACAAGCCAACCAGACUGUGGCUUUGCUAAGGAAUGAACUCAGGGUCCUACGUCGGCAGCUCCAGAAACUUCAGUGUAAAGAUGGGACAUUCCAGGACGGGAAUGAAUGGGUGGAGGGUGGGGAGAGCAAGGUCAAGGCUGAGGUCUCUUCUGAUGGCGAGAGUCCGACAGUCUUGUUUGAUGAUCAGAAGCUGCUGGAGGGUCCACUUUCUGGGAUUAAAGAAAAAGAAGAUACACAUGGUUUUGAUGAUCAUGGAUAUGGAGAGCAUAGGCAGUCUGCAGUAGAAACAGCCGACCCUGGAGCAGAAGAGACCAUCUCUGCAGCUGAAGACAUCAAAACAGAACUGAUCGAGGAAGAAGAGGGCCAAUCAAACAUGACCCCAAUCCUCCGGUUGGAGAUGGACCUCCCCUCUGACGACCCCGUGUCUCUGGCCCAGUUAUGUGGGGGGUCGGUGGGGCUGGUGGACUGGGCUAGAGUACAAGGACAGCGAGGGAUGGAGGAAGAGAUGAGGAGAUGGAAGAGUGAUGGAGACCAGUCUGAGAACCGGCCUUGUGCAUCAUCCUUUGCUGACCCCUUGGAGAACCCUACUUCCAGUUGGACCCAGCAGACCGUUGCUUCCUCCAGUUCUUCCACAGAGCUAGAAGAAGGCCGAAGUUUCUCCUAUCCUCCAUCUGACAAAAGCUUCAGCUCCCAGCUCAAGGUGCACCAGCGCAUUAACUCUGCACAGAGACAGCACCAUUGUGUUUUGUGUGGCCAAAGCUUCCACUAUGUGGGCAAUCUCAUCAAACACCAGCGCACUCACACCGGAGAGAGACCAUAUCACUGCAUCGAGUGCGGGAAGAGUUUCAAUCGCGAGGAUAGUCUCAAAAGACACUACCGGCUCCACACAGGAGAGAGACCGUACCACUGCUCUCAGUGCGGCAAAAAUUUCACUCAGCUUGGAAGUUUAAGGACACACCAGAACAUCCACAGGGGAGAGAGGCCGUACCACUGCACUCAGUGCGGCAAGCGUUUCACUCACAUCGGCAACCUCAAAAUACACCAGCGCAUUCACACAGGAGAGAGACCGUACCACUGCAUUCAGUGCGGGAAGAGCUUCACUCAUGAGGGAAAUCUCAAAACGCAUCAGCGCAUUCAUACAGGAGAGAGGCCGUUUGACUGCACUCGAUGUGGCAAGAGGUUUUCCACAAAGGGAAAUUUAAAAAAACAUGAGCUUAAGCACACUGGGGAAAUUCUGUAGACCUGCCCCACAUCAAGUGGCAGAGGUGUUUCUGUUAGACUGCAGACUUUAAGGUGUACUCCACGAUUGCAAUGCAAUGCACUUGUUGUCAAAUUCAGCUAAUUGGUCUUCACUGCCUGUUCUGCUGAAAAAACGAAACUUCUGUUGGUGAUGUAUAGUCCUGGACUGGCGUCACACUAUCGGUCAGUUCUUAGGUAUCCAUUGACAGGCAGUCUUAGGUAUCCA